AUGCUCGUUGCGGCCUUUAUGAGAUUGCUGUCCCUGUGCUGGAGUCCGGUGGAUGCGAGCGAUGGCGGCGGCGGCGAAGAUGAUGGCGGAGCGGGGAGGGAGCGGAGCGAUGGCCUUCUGCGGUAUCGGGACAUCGGGCAGUACGGCUUUGGGGAUUUCUCUAUGGCCGUGGUGCAGGGGAACCAGGUCAUGGAGGACCAGUGCCGGAUCGAAUCGGGGCCAUUCGGGACCUUCGUCGGGGUUUACGACGGGCACGGGGGGCCCGAGGCCGCGCGGUACGCGUGCGACCAUCUCCACUCUAAUUUCCGUGGUAAGUCGUCGGAAGAGGAGCCUGCUCUCCGAUUCAGUGUAAUAUUUUUUUGGAGCCUGGGUAGUAAUAUUUUGAUUUCUCGCAUUAAUACUUUUUUCACUUCAAUUUUUGGAUUCAUUCUUGUGGGUUCACCAUGAAGGAAGGCUUUUAUUAUUGGGAUAAUUAAUCCAUUUUCUCGUCUUUCCCUCUUGUAAUCUGCAUCUACUUUUUUCACUUAUGCCCGAGUAAUUCAUCUAUUUGAACUUGAUGAGAUCUAAAUGGUUGUUUCAUCUUUUCUGAACGGAAUUUUGAUUUUUCUCCAUAGACUCUGGUGAAUUCAUAUUUUGCAUUUUCAUUCGAAAGGUGGAAGUAAUCAUCGUGGUAAAUUUUCAUUUGUAAUGCCGAUCGAAGUUGUGUUGUUCAGCACUCGGAAGAAGGCUGGAGUGGUAAGGAAGAUGAUUCAAUCUUGGUAAAAGAUAAAUAAAUAAAUAGGGAAUAUUUAUGAUAGAAAUAAUUGAAAAUAAUUAUGGUUGAAUGAAUUGAUCUGUAUCAUCCUCCAAAUCGAAGAAUUUUUCCAACUGCCAUCUAAGCGAAGGAGAGUAACACAGAUAGUCACUGAGGUUUCCAAGAGAAGGUCUGUAUUUUAUUGGAGGUUCGUAACUUUUGGCUGUAUUCGUCAUGACUCAAUUACCCUGUCAAAAAGGUGUGGUGAUCACACGGGCCCCUGGAUAUGGUUGUUGAUCGUAGUUGCACUCAUGGUAAUUGCUACCGUUGUGUUUCGUUUUGUAUUAUCAUUCCUUUGGAGGCAUCUCAUUUGAAUGUGACCAAGUGCGUGUUUAACUACAGUUAUGUUUUCAAUCUAGGAGAUGCUAAUUUAUUUCACUUGGUUUCCUACGUUAGUUUUUUACAUAGAAGGGAGAAAUUAUAGUCCCUUUAAGCUGGUAAGCUUCGAUUUGUGCAGAGGUUUCUUCUGGUCCAGUGGGUGUGACACCUGAAAGCAUCGAGAGAGCGUUUCUGCAAACAGAGGAGGGUUUUAUAGCCCUUGUUUCUGAGCUGUGGGACUCUCAGCCUGAUAUAGCUACUCAAGGUUCGUGUUGUCUUGUUGGCAUAAUCUGUCAGCAGACUCUUUAUGUGGCAAACCUGGGAGACUCUCGUGUUGUUCUGGGUAAAAGAGUUGGCAAUACAGGUGAAAUUGCUGCCAUACAACUGUCUACUGAGCACAAUGUUAAUGUUGAGGCUGCAAGACAGGAGCUGAAGGCACAACACCCAAAUGAUCCACAGAUUGUGAUGCUCAGACAUGGGGUUUGGAGGGUUAAAGGCAUUAUUCAGGUGUCCACUUGUACUCUUGCUCUCUUGUUGGAACUAAGAAAUAAUUCUCCUCACCAUAUUUAUGAACGUAUAAUUUUUUUCUUGAAAGAUGUGGGCAUUCGCAACAUCCUGAAAUAUGUCCUGGGUUGUUAUUUUCUCGUGAUUAAGCUGUGUUUAGUUUUAUUUAGCACUGCAUCUUACUCUCUUAUCUGAUAUCAGAACGAAUGGAUUAUAUGGCUAUGCACUUUGUUUUUGACAUUAAGAAGAAUCGAAUGAUGUUUCUUUGCUUUUAAAUCCUCUUUCAGUUAUUGAUUAUGUCUGUAUUAAAAAUCCUUGAUGACUGUUGAUUCAAUUCACCUUCUUUUUCUAUAAUCAAUUUCAUUUUAUCUUCAUCUAAUUCUUUUUCUACGCUGAACCUUUUUUUUCUUCUUGGUUUGUUCCUUCUUUUUCAUUCUGACUUGCCUUUCUCAGUAAUGCUUUUGAUUCAAGCCAUUGCUCUAAAAGAGUCACCUGGAACAGGGGUAUCCGCCUUAGACUGCCAAAUUAAAUGCAUUAGGAUUUUCUAUUUGCAUGAAAAAGUUCUAGGGAAUCUAAUGCCACAGUUAUUCACAUUUGGGCAGUUGCAUCUUGCAUUCUGACUGUUUUCUAAGACAAGCAUCUGUGAAAUCUUCAAGAGUAUCUAUUCCUAUUUUGAGAACUACAAGAUCAAGAGAGAAACCAAUACUAGUGACGUGAAAAAAACACAUAUGCGCUUUGUAGCUGCUCAGACCAAUUCAACUGCUGUAGAUUGCGGUGGUGUUCCCAGUGUUUAUGCUUUCCCAUUUGGAGGCAGGAAGCCCGUUUUUAAUGAAUGAAUGAACACCUUUGAGAUCAUUUCGAUUAUCGAAGCAAGAUUUCCCCUCCAGAAAUCCAACUAAGCUUUUGGAUCCGGUUCCUAUAAAGAAUUCGGCUAUGGUAUCCCACUUCCAGUUCAUUGGAGUGGCUAAGAGUUCAUCCAUUCAUUAAUUGCGUUCCCUGGCUCAUCUUGACACCCGGCAUAUAUUAUUGCCUCGAUCUUGGAACUAAACUUGGUCUUACAGUUGGUGCUGUUGGAAAGAAAAGUUAUGCCUAUGCUCCAUUUAAGCAAAAACAACUUACAGCAAACAAAACUGCACAAAGCUAGGUUUUGAAACUAUAGGAAAAUGAGCCAGGUAUGUUGGGUCGACACCUCCCUUCCCCACAAACUUGACUUGCAAGUUUCCCUGCGAAAACUUUUCCAUGCCUAAUCUUAUAAAGAGCACUAUUCUCCUUUAGUUAGGUGGUUGUCCCCUCUCUCAGAGGCUGUAAGGCACUGGUGGAAUCGAAGGCCCGCUUACAAAAUAGGCUACAGGAGAUCGUUUCUCACCCAGCACUACCUCCGUCAGUAGAGCUGAAACCAAAAAAGACCUGUUUCCACACACAUGAGACAUGCAGAAGGUAUGGGACGACCAAUUCACCACAGAAAGCGAAUUCAAUCCUCUUCUUCUGUUCAAUAAAUGGAGUGGAAAGGGAGGCGGGUCAGGUCGGCGAAGUUGUAUGCAUAUCAAGAAUGAUUUUUCACCUAUCCUGUAAGGGAUGAUUCUCGACUAUAGAUUCCCUAUGCUCAUGUGAACGGCUGAGGAUGUCAGGCCCAUUGAUCUAAAAGGAAACCCUUUUAGAAAAGAGCGAUAUGCACAUCUUUAUCUAUUAUUUCAGUCUUCUAGACAACUUAAUAAAUGGAGUUACAAACCCCUCACUGCUCUCACCAUAUCUAAACCGAUUCUUCUUCUAUGUCAAGGGAGAACGAAACACCUGGUAAACACCAUUAUCUUCCCAUUUCUUGGUGAAGAUAAGUGUGCGAUCAGAGAUGGGGUGAGGAUCUUGAUGUGUUUUCUGCUGUUUUAGUGAAUGUGGAUACUGCCAUUCGAUCCUUGGAGUAAGGAGGUUAUUUCUUGGUCGAGCUUUUAGGAUAGGGUGGAUGUUCUUGACCUUAUUGGAUACCCACUUCACGAGGUGGGUAUCCAAACUGCGGAUGUUUCAGCUGAGGUGGAACUACGUUCCCUGGUUGCAUGUGAUUGGCAGUGGAACAGAUACUGCGGAUGCUUAGGGGAGCCAAGGCACUCAUACCCUCAGUGAUGGAGAAAUACAAUACCCACUUCACGAGCAUUGGUGGUAGCUAGAAGUUGCAAUGGGAUUUUAGAUAUAUUAUCAUUAUAUAUUUCCUGAGGUGUAUAUAUCUCGUACUAAGGCUUUUAUUUUGUAUUAAUUUACCAGAUAUUUAAUAUAUUUAAUUUUCAAAAAUAUUCCUUUAUAUUGAUUUUUUUAAUGCUAUAUUUAAUUUGAAUGUUUAUAUGUCUGAUUCCUCCGCUAUCUAGAUAAAUCUGAACAUUUAUCUAGACAGAUAUGUAUGCUAUUAUCUUAUUCGUCGUUCUUUAAAAGGAUAUCUAAAACUAGUUCUCACCUAGAUGUUAUUGAUAGGACCCUGGUCCUGGACAGGAGCGGGCAACAGAAAUAUGGAAAUAGAAAAGGGAUAGUUGAAGAUUAACCGUAGGAAAUAUAGCUAGGCCCCAAAGAACCCCAGAGUGAUGGGGACGUUCCCCUGCUCCCCCCCAGCCGCAGCUGCCCAAGAAUACUCCUCGAUGUCCUCUUUCCCCCUCUAACCUGAGCCUUAAUACCUCUUUCCCUCUUAUUGAGAAAGGACCUAGCUGCUCCCCCUCCCUAAGUCCUCACCUAAAGGGGGCUGUUUUGUCCCUUCGAGUCCCCUUUGGGUGCCCCUCUUCUAGCGUAUUGUAAGUUAGGCCCAUUGGGGAUCCUCACAGUUGUCUAGUACCUCACCUUUCUGCCUGGGCAGUAAUAUUUUAACCUUCGGUGAAGAAGCUUGGUGCUUGGUCUCUAUUCUGUGCUAAAAGUUCUUUUUUACAGUCCCCCUCCGAUUAAUUGGUAGCCAAUUCCAAUAAGCUUGGUCCAGUCAUGUUGAAGUGGAUUUUAUGCAAUGUUCAUUCCUGCCUUGUCUGUUUUAGAGGCUCUACUUUUUUACCUCAAUGUCUUCGUCCUUGGGAAGCAUUCUCAACCAAAACAUUCAAUCACCCUCAUUUUCAUAAGGCUCUAUGCUUCAGUUUCACGCCAUAUCAGGCGGCACAAGUGGCCUGCUCUUUUUACUUUAUUUCAUAAAACUUGUUUUCUCUAUGGUGUAGCUGUUCUAUAUCUCCUGUAAUCUUGGGAACUUACCCGCUGUGUCUGAGGAGACUCACUAGUCCUUAAACAUCAGUGGUAAAAGUACUAAAGACACUUGCCGAGAGCAUUUUUGAUGUUCGUCCUUAUCCGAUUUGUAGGUAACAGUGGUUCCCCAGAGCAUGAUGCAUAAAUCACGUUACGAUCGAUAUUUAGAAUGAAUGCUCUACUUCUUGAGUCAUAAAAUGAGAAGCCAAUGAACCUUGGUCAGAAAAUAAUUGCAUUUUUUUGGUGUUUUGCAAUAGAGUAAGAUUUGGGCUUCUCUCGGUCUUCCAGUCAGGGUUGCAGACAUCAUAUAUAUAACAGAGUUUGGGCUGGCUGUGUGGAAUGUGCAGGUUUCCAGAUCUCUGGGCGACGCUUAUAUGAAGCAGGCCGAGUACAACAGGGAGCCCAUAAAUCAAAAGUUCAGGAUUUCUGAGCCGAUGAACAUGCCGAUCCUCUCUUCUAGGCCGAGUAUCAUAUCCCAUUCUCUUCAGAAGAACGAUUCUUUUCUGAUCUUCGCCUCCGAUGGUUUGUGGGAGCACCUGAGCAAUGAGAAGGCGGUCGACAUCAUUCACAAUCAUCCUCGCCUGGUGGGGUUCCUUUUUUUUUUUUUUUCCUUUUUUUUUUUUUGUAAAGAAACUCUCACAAUUAUGUAUUUAUUCAUUCCAUUCAUUCAUUCAUUCAUUCACGCUGGCCGGUCGACGACUUGCUUUUUCCUGGUCGCAGGGGAGUGCGAGGAGGCUGGUGAAGGCUGCUCUCCAGGAGGCGGCUAGAAAGCGCGAGAUGAGAUACUCGGAUCUGCGGCGGAUUGACCGGAAGGUUCGACGCCACUUCCAUGAUGACAUAACGGCGAUUGUUUUAUUCUUGAAUCACAAUCUUAUCGCCAGCGGGCUGGUCCAAGGCCCUGCGCUGUCUAUCCGAAGCUCAUUGGAGCACUGA